CACGACACGAGAAAACCCAUUUCAAUUUUCUAUUCUUUUUCUCAUCUCAACUCAAAGAAACAAAUAGUUUCUCAGAUCCCCAGACCCAGUUGCGUGAAAUUCACGAUGAUCACCGUGAUGAUGGUCGCCGACACCGUCGCAGUAACCACCGCCAAAGGCCUCGGCGUCCUUCGCGCCUGCCAAUCCACCUGUAACUUUUCCCUCGCCGAUCAGAUCUCCGCCAUGAUUCAGACUUACGACGCCGUCGCGCCGCCGCCGGUCAAGCCUACUACCUACAGGCUAAGACGCCGGACGCUCCUCCGGAGAAAACAACGAACCAAACGCAGAUUAUCAGGAGACGACUCCGGGGACGCCGGUGACGAGGGAUUCCUCUUCGGUGACGGCGGAGACGGUCCUUUUGGCGGCGGUGGUGGGUUCGGUGGUAGCGGUGGUGGUUGGAAUUUUAAUAGAUUUGGGAGUGGGCACAAUUGGGAUGAACCUUCGUCUUCGGUGCCGGACCCUGCGUUCGAUUUCGUGUAUCAGGUGCUGUCGUGGAUUAUGCUCUCGAAUUGCUUGCAUUUUGCGUUCAAGAGGAUUGUUCGAAUUGUUGCGGCGGGCUCGAUUGUGGAUUCCGAUAGGGAAAAGGUUCCCGCCAGAUUGGCUCCAAUUUGCUGACUUGACCCUUUUAAACCAGUUCAUCGAUCAAAUCAUUCCUAAUACACAUUGCAUCCCUGUUUAAUUGUGCAUUUGCUGUAAAUAAUGCUGUAUAUAAUAAUUUAUCAUUUAAUUGACUAAUUCCAAGGUAAUUAUUUUCCUGUACUUAUGGUUUGUCUUAGUGAAUUGUUUAUAAUUUGAUAGAUAGUUUGGGUACA